ACAACAAUGGCAGCAUCUACAACAACUACGGCAGCAACUACAACUACAGCAGCCACUACAACAACUAAUGCCCCGACAACAACAACUGCUGCCCCUACAACAACAACCACGGCAGCAACUACAACAACUGCUGCUCCCACAACAACUACAUCAGCCGCUACAACAACAACCAUGGCAGCGACUACAAAAACUGCUGCUCCAACAACAACAACUGUUGCUCCGACAUCAACAACUGCUGCCCCGACAACAAUUACAUCAGCCGCUACAACAACUAAUGCCCCGACAACAACAACUGCUGCCCCUACAACAACAACAACUACUGCCCCAACAACAACCACGGCAGCGACUACAAAAACUGCUGCUCCAACAACAACAACUGCUGCCCCAACAACAACAAUAACUGCUGCUCCAACAUCAACUACGGCAGCAACCACAACAACUGCUGCUCCAACAACAACUGUUGCUCUGACAACAACAACUGUUGCCGCGACAACGACAACUGCUACUCCAACAACAACUACGGAAGCAACUACAACAACUGCUGCUCCAACAACAACAACUGUUGCUCUGACAUCAACAACUGCUGCCCCGACAACAACGACAACUGCUGCUCCAACAACAACUAAUGGACCGACAACAACAACUGCUGCCCCGACAACAACUACGGCAGUAACUACAACAACUGCUGCUCCAACAACAACAACUGUUGCUCCGACAACAACAACUGCUGCCCCUACAACAACAACAACUACUGCUCCAACAACAACCACGGCAGCUACUACAACAACUGCUGCUCCAACAACAACUGUUGCUCCGACAACAACAACUGCUGCCCCUACAACAACAACAACUACUGCUCCAACAACAACCACGGCAGCUACUACAACAACUGCUGCUCCAACAACAACUGCUGCCCCGACAACAACAAUAACUGCUGCUCCAACAACAAGUACGGCAGUAACUACAACAACUGCUGCUCCAACACCAACAACUACAACCACGGCAGCGACUACAACAACUGCUGCUCCAACAACAACAACUGCUGCCCCAACAACAACAAUAACUGCUGCUCCAACAUCAACUACGGCAGCAACUACAACAACUGCUGCUCCAACAACAACUGUUGCUCCGACAACAACAACUGCUGCCGCGACAACGACAACUGCUACUCCAACAACAACUACGGAAGCAACUACAACAACUGCUGCUCCAACAACAACAACUGUUGCUCCGACAACAACAACUGCUGCUCCGACAACAACAACUCCUGCCCCGACAACAACAACUACGGCAGCAUCUACAACAACUACUGCUCCAACAACAACUACAUCAGCCGCUACAACAACAACCAUGGCAGCGACUACAAAAACUGCUGCUCCAACAACAACAACUGUUGCUCCGACAUCAACAACUGCUGCCCCUACAACAACAACAACUACUGCCCCAACAACAACCACGGCAGCGACUACAAAAACUGCUGCUCCAACAACAACAACUGCUGCCCCAACAACAACAAUAACUGCUGCUCCAACAUCAACUACGGCAGCAACUACAACAACUGCUGCUCCAACAACAACUGUUGCUCCGACAACAACAACUGUUGCCGCGACAACGACAACUGCUACUCCAACAACAACUACGGAAGCAACUACAACAACUGCUGCUCCAACAACAACAACUGUUGCUCUGACAUCAAAAACUGCUGCCCCGACAACAACGACAACUGCUGCUCCAACAACAACUAAU